AUGCCAUCGCAGAGGCACAUAGAGAACACUGGCAGCACAGCACGAGACUGGUGCAUGCUAGAGAGGAACAUUCUGUCUCAUGUCAAACUAUGCCUCCUUCUCUUCCUCCUUUCUGCUUCCGUCCUCCUUCGUACCCGUCUUACCAGUCCCUCUAACGACACCGAUAACGACGAAGACCCUUCCACUCCUCACUCCCACGCGGCUUCACUUACCCUGGCAUGCGUCCUUAUGGCCUGCUCGCUCGUCGCUCUCGCCGCAGGCACUUGGGAAUAUUGGUCUUCAGACCGUGACAUGAGGACGAAACGGGCGUUUAUGAACGCAAACAAACUCCACCCUGUAAUGCUUACUGCAGUCUCCGGCAUCGUAUUUGCAAUAUGCAUAGUCCUCCUCGCGGAUGAAGCCAUUGCUUGA